CUUGUGAUUAACAGUGAUGCAACAAGAGUUAUUAAAAGGUAGUUAGCAAAGCAGAGCAGGCAAGCUGUUCUAAACUUAGUGUAACCUGAAGCAAGCAAUGAAGUAUCCUCUGGUUCCUUUGGUGAAUGAUCUGACCUUUCCUCUUCUUUUCUUCUGGUUUUGUUUGCCAUUUGUAAUGCUGUUGAUCAUACUGAUUAUCUGGCUACAGCUUCUACUUAAUGAAGCACAGAUGACCAGUGCAGAAGAAAUAACAAAACAACCUUCUGAUGACCCUGAUUCUGACUCUAAAUUUGAGGAUGAACCAACAGAGGAAGAAAAACAGUCCAGGACAAAAAUACAAGAGGAGAUGGAAUCCAAUGGAUCUAUGGGAAAACUAAGGCCCAAGCCAGUUUAUCUGCGUCCAAAUCCAAAAAGUCAAAACCAAAGUCUUUUUGCUGUAAUCUCAGACAGCUGGUUGCGGAGCCAGAAGAUAAAAUACUCCCAUGCUGAGCAGAGUGAUUUCUUUAACAUCACGAUGCUGUUGUGCACCAUUCUUUCUUCUCUCACCUGGAACUUUGCCUGCCAGUUGCUCCAGAUCUCUAAUGUCCUGAGGAUUCAACUGCUGCUAUCCUGUCUGAUUAUCUACAUGCCUCAGCUGUUUGUCUUGCUGAGUGAAAAAGUUGUGAAAAUCCUGGGCUCCCUGAAGCUUGAAGAGCAGAGGUCUGUUGGCUUCAGUCUUGGGGAGGAAACUGGAAAAGAGUGGUGA